CGCGAGUGACACUGACAGAAUAAAGUGAGGUUAUAGAAUACUUUAAAAUGAACAAUUUUCUGAAAAUAUGGGGCCAAACUAAUACAGCGUGGAAAAUAAAACGUUUUAGUACUUCUGCUAAGGAUGUAGAUUUAAGUAAAAUAAGAAAUAUAGGAAUAUUAGCCCACAUCGAUGCAGGCAAAACCACAACAACUGAGAGAAUGUUAUACUACUCGGGGCGUAUACAACAAAUGGGCGAAGUGCAUCACGGCAAUACAGUCACAGAUUACAUGGAACAGGAGAGGGAACGUGGGAUUACGAUUACAUCGGCUGCAGUUACUUUUCCAUGGAAAAAAUAUCAAUUUAACCUACUGGACACCCCAGGGCACAUUGACUUCACUAUGGAGGUCGAACAAACUUUAAAUGUGCUGGAUGGGGCUGUAGUUAUAUUGGAUGCAUCCGCAGGUGUGUUGAAGCGCAGACUUUAACGGUAUGGAGGCAAGCAGAAAGAUAUAAAAUACCCAAAAUUGUUUAUGUAAAUAAAAUGGAUAGAGCCGACGCAGAUAUUGAGGCCUGUUGUGAUUCUGUGAAAAAAAAGUUGGAUUGUCCACCAGUAUUGUUACAAUUGCCUUACUUAAAAGAGGAUAAAUUAGCAGGUGUUAUCGAUGUGUUAAGCUUGCAUUUGGUAACUUAUGGUAAAGACGGUAAACAAUUAGAAAGGGCGGAGUUAACAGAACGUAGUGAUUUAGAAAUAUGGACGCGAGCAAUGGAAGCAAGAAGAAAUAUAAUCGAUACUAUAUCAGGUUAUAAUGAUGAAUUGGCUGAAAUAGUAAUUGAAAAUGAUUCACUGGACAAAAUAAGCACUGAUGAUGUCACUACAGGAAUUAGAAAAGCAACUUUAAGCAAUGUUGUGGUGCCAGUCGUUUUGGGAAGUUCCUACAAAAACAUCGGCGUCCAAUCGCUCAUGGACGCAAUCGUAAUGUAUUUACCGUCACCCAAAGAGCAAAACGGGCGGUUUCAGUGUUUCGAAGACAGCCUAUGCGCGAGAGCGUUUAAGGUGACACACGACAAACAAAAAGGCCCUCUGGUUUUCAUGCGGAUCUACAACGGAAGCAUCGCGAAGAACCAGAAGAUUUACAACAUCCAGCAGGAUAUAACAGAACAAAACAACAGGUUGUAUGUCGCUUACGCAGACGAGUUUAAAGAUGUGGAGAGUGUCGGUGACGGGAAUAUAGCAGUGGUGGCUGGACUGAAGAGGGUUAGAUCCGGGGACUUGGUGUGCAGUUCCAGUGGAGCCUGCCAAAAAGCCAAAACGAAAAUGUUGAAAUCCCUCGGCAGAAAAGAUGACGCCACCAUAGAUGAUCUCUUUGGUAGAGGUGCUAAAGUGCCGGAACCAGUGUUCUUUUGCUCCAUAGAGCCUCCUAGUCUUGCCGCUCAAACGGCUCUGGAACAAGCAUUGGAGGAGUUGCAAAGGGAAGAUCCCAGUCUUAGAGUAACUCACAAUGAGGAAACUGGGCAGACUGUGUUAGCUGGCAUGGGCGAGUUACACUUGGAGAUCAUCAAGGACAGAAUUCUCAAGGAGUAUAAAGUGGACGCUGACCUUGGGCCUUUGCAAAUAGCCUACUGGGAAUCUCCUUUGGAAAGAGUUACGAAUAAACACACAUAUGAGACCAAAAUCGGCACUAGCAAGCAAAGUGUAACUGUUUCUCUAUCAGUUAACCCCGUGGGGAAUAAGGAGGUUAAAAGGGUUCUGCGGUUUGAUAAAUCGGCUGAUGCCAGUAGUAACAUCGCCGGGAUACACCCUAAACAUAUGGUCGCCAUUAAAACAGGCGUAGAUGUGGGUUUAAUGCACGGGCCCAAAAUUAGUUCACCGGUUGUUAACACGGAAGUCGUGUUGCAUUGGUUUGAAGCCGGAAGAGGCACAUCCAGCUCCAUGAUAACCGCUACAGUCACCCAAUUGGUGCAAAAACUUUUAAGGGAUUCUGGAUCGGACAUCCUCGAACCAAUAAUGAACCUGGAAGUCGUAGUACCUGACGAAUAUUUAUCUACCAUUUUAGCCGAUCUAUCCAGAAGAAGAACAUCCGUAAAUAACGUAUUUAUACGCGGUAAUUCCAAAGUCGUUUCGGCACAUUGCCCCUUAUCAGAAUUAAAAGGUUAUUCCACCAUUUUAAGAACCCUUUCAUCUGGUACAGCCACUUUCACUAUGGAGUUUUUGGAGUACCAAAAAAUGUCUUCUGUCGAAGAGGAAAAAGCCGUCAAGGAAGUCAGGGGGUUUUAGUUAUUGAUUGUUGU